CCCCUCAACUCCCCAAAAAGCCUUUUAUAAUUUAUUUCCCCUCUUUCAUUUAACAAUGCCCUUCCUAUUUUCUUUCACUUUAUACUCAUUCCUCCUCACUCACUAACCAAACCAUAGCAUCAAUGGACUUUAACCUUGAAAAUCCAUUGCCAUUUAGCCAUGAUGAAACUCAUUUAGACACCAUUUCACCUCUUUUCAACAUUGAAACUUAUCAUAUGCCUUCACAAACUUACCUUCAAAAUCUCAAAAACUCGGAUUUUCACAUCAACAUUCGUGAAGCAACCAUUUCUAUAAUCUUACAAAUUUCUCAUCCCUUUGAUAAUCCUUUUCUCUCAUAUCUUGCCAUUAAUUAUCUCGAUCGAUUCAUCUGCUUCCAUUCGCUAUCGGAAUCGAAACCAUGGAUCUUGAGGAUGAUUGCUGUUUCUUGUGUUUCAUUAGCAUUGAAAAUGAGGAAAACAGAGUACUCUGUUACUGACAUUGAGCAAGAUGGUGGUACGAUAUUCGAUAUCGAGACGAUAAAGCGAAUGGAGCUUUUAAUUCUUGGGGGCCUUAAAUGGAGAAUGCGUUCAAUUACUGCAUUCGCUUUCAUUAAUUUCUUUGUAUCUAUGUUCAAAUUCAAAGAUCUACCGUUACAACAAGCUCUCAAAGCUAGAGCCACUGAGAUUAUAUUGACAGCUCAAAAUGAGAUCAAGAUUUUGCCUUUCAAGCCAUCGAUAAUCUCAGCUUCAGCUCUUCUAUCUGCUUCUCACGAGCUUUUCCCUUUACAAUUCUCAUGCUAUAAAAGUGCAAUCCUAAACUGUUCAUAUGUACAUAAGAAUGAUUUAUUAAGCUGCUACAACGUGACGCAAGAAAUAGCGAAAGAAGGAUAUGAAUCAAUACUAGAGAUGGUGUCAAGCACGAGCACGCCAGUCAACGUGCUUGACCUGCAGAUGAGUUGGAGUUCAGAUAACGAGCCAAUUGAAGAACAUACUUUACUUAAUGCAAUUAGCAGCAGCAGCAGCGGCAGACAAGACAACUUGACGAAACGUCGAAAGAUAAUUAUUCAUGACAACACUUAAUUCAGCUUUGCGCACAACGUUGAUAUUGAUGUUUCAUACUAAAUUAUGCUAUCUAUCUCAACGUUUUUUUUUUUGAUGAAAACGAAGAAGUAGAAAAAAGAUGCAUUAGGGGGGAAAAAAGCUUAAUAAAGCCAAUUGAGUACUAUUUUCUUCGUUUCAA